AUGUCUUCAGACGCUAUAAGAAAUACUGAACAGAUAAACGCCGCUAUUAAAAUUAUAGAAAACAAAACAGAGCGUCCACCAUUAUCCGCAACUCCCAUAGAUUCCAAGACUCGUACUGUUGCUGCUGCUAGUUCUACCUGCACACAUGCUUCCAGAGACCUCACACAGUAUACCUUAGAUGAUGGAAGGACUGUGUCGACCAAUCGCAGAAUAAUGAGUAAUGUUCCCACUAUAACGCCUCACAUUCCAACGGAUGAAGAGCUGUUUGAGGCCAGCGGAAUACCUCGCCACGAGUUCUUAAGAGAGCAUUUCAAGCGCGAGGGUAAAUUGUCGAUUACACAGGCGGCCAAAAUCAUUACGCUUGCCACAGAAUUAUUUAGCAAAGAACCAAAUCUUAUAUCUGUCCCCGCUCCAAUCACGGUCUGUGGUGACAUCCAUGGCCAAUACUUUGAUCUGUUGAAGUUGUUUGAGGUGGGCGGUGACCCGGCCACCACGUCGUAUCUAUUUUUGGGUGAUUACGUCGAUAGAGGAUCAUUCUCGUUCGAGUGUCUUAUUUAUUUAUAUUCUUUGAAGCUGAAUUUUAACGAUCAUUUCUGGCUGCUAAGGGGUAACCACGAAUGUAAGCAUUUAACGUCAUAUUUCACUUUCAAAAAUGAAAUGUUACACAAGUACAAUCUAGAUAUUUACGAGAAGUGCUGCGAAUCGUUUAACAACUUGCCCUUAGCAGCCUUAAUGAACGGACAAUAUCUUUGUGUCCACGGUGGAAUCUCUCCCGAAUUAAACUCUUUGCAAGACAUUAACAACCUGAAUAGAUUCAGGGAGAUUCCAUCGCAUGGUCUGAUGUGCGACCUAUUGUGGGCUGACCCGAUUGAAGAGUACGAUGAAGUCAUGGACAAAGACUUGACCGAGGAAGACAUUGUUAACGCCAAGACAAUGGUUCCUCACCACGGAAAAAUGGCACCUUCAAGGGACAUGUUUGUUCCAAACUCUGUAAGGGGUUGUUCAUAUGCCUUUACAUAUCGUGCAGCAUGCCAUUUUCUGCAAGAAACUGGGCUAUUAUCCAUCAUCAGGGCACACGAGGCUCAAGAUGCUGGUUAUAGAAUGUACAAAAAUACCAAGACAUUGGGAUUUCCCUCUCUUCUAACUCUUUUCAGUGCUCCGAACUAUCUGGAUACCUACAAUAAUAAGGCAGCUAUACUGAAGUAUGAGAAUAACGUUAUGAAUAUUAGACAAUUCAACAUGACUCCACACCCUUAUUGGUUACCAGACUUUAUGGAUGUUUUCACGUGGUCAUUGCCAUUUGUUGGUGAAAAAGUUACGGAGAUGCUGGUCGCAAUUCUAAACAUCUGUACUGAAGAUGAGCUGGAAGUUGAUACUCCCGUCAUCGAAGAAUUAGUUGGCACUAAUACAAAGUUGCCGCAGAAUAGCAAAUCUAAAGGGACACCACAAGGUACCACUUCGACUUCGUCCAGGCAUGUUUCCAUCUUGGAUGAUGAACAUCGAAGGAAGGCCCUAAGGAAUAAAAUUUUAGCCGUUGCCAAAGUUUCUAGGAUGUACUCUGUUCUGAGAGAGGAGACCAACAAAGUUCAGUUUUUGAAAGACCACAAUUCAGGUGUUUUGCCGCGUGGUGCUUUAUCCAAUGGUGUAAAAGGUUUAGAUGAAGCUCUAUCUACCUUUGAAAGAGCAAGGAAGCAUGAUUUAAUUAACGAAAAAUUACCUCCUUCAUUGGAUGAACUAAAAAAUGAAAACAAGAAAUACUAUGAAAAAGUCUGGGAGAAAGUACACGAACAUGAUGCAAAGAAGGAUGGCAAAUGA